AUGGAAGGUACUGUUGAAGAGGUGGACCCUAGGUACGGAACAGUGAUGGUUAUCGGGGAAGAUGGGGUGGCACAGCCUUAUGAAGAUUUUAGGGUAGAAAAUAAGAGAUCUUUCAAAAAGCCCAAAAUAAAGACACAUAAAGCAAAUGGAAGUCAUGGAGAACAAAUGCUUAGCAUAUUCAACAUCAUGUCUGAUUUUAUCAUAUCAUCCAUGCUUUAACAGCCCUCAGUGGAGCUACAAAGGAUUGACACUACUAACCUGAUAUUGCCCUUUAGACCAGUGAGAAGAAACAGGGGCUUAAGAUGAAGACCUUUCUAGCACAAAAACAGAAACAGAAUUUUCUGAUUUUUAUUUCAAGAAAUUCCCAAUUUGUGGGAAGACAUGAAGCGGCACCAGAGAAUCCACACAGGAGCACCCAUUUCAGUGUCUUCAGUGUAGGAAAUGCUUCCAACACUGUUUUGAUCUGGCGACACAUCAUACUUGUAAAGUAGUUGUGUUAAAACCUAAAAGAUGAAGGACCUGAAAUGUCAAAUAAGUCCAAAGUGUGCGGAUGGAUGCUAUCUCGCGCUUCAGACUUGUCUAGGCACUUGAAAACCCAUUCCCAGGAUCACCCUGGAACGUAUAAGUACUUAAACAAUAUGAGGGUUCAUGAAGAGGCUUGUCUAAUCGAGAAAGGGCAUCCAGGGGAGGUUCUCUCUGGAGAGAGCAUUUGUCCUUCAGCUAUGGGACAGAAAGACCCAGAGCUAUCUGACAGUGCACAGCAGCAACCAUCUCCAGGGGGGAAAGACAGUUGUCCAAGACAAACCAGAAAAGCACAUGCUAAGCAGAAAUCUCACAAUCUCCCGUUGCCAGCAUACCUCAGAGUUCGUCCUCCAUCAACACCGCUGUUGAGGAGGAGCGGCCACACACCGAUAAGAUUCCCCCGAACCACAAAACCUCAGAAAGCGCUCCCCCAUCAUUGUUUUAUGUAUGAUAAGAGUUACAAGGACCCAGAAAGCUUGGCGAAACAGACUUAAAUGUGAAAUAGACUCCAAAGAAUCACAUAGCAGAUCUCCAGCUAGUGAUGAGAUGGACUCAGAGAUGUCCAGCGAAACAUUCCAGAAACCUGAGGGAGAGGACACAGAGCCAUCCAGUGGAACUCCCCGAGGCCACCAGUACACCACAGGGCCCAUCUUACAAACCAUCUAGUGAACAUAGCCAGAGCAAAACACACAAACUGUCAAAAGUGUGCUGCAUUUGCAAAAAGUGUUUGCCAAAAUCUAGUAGCAUGAAAGUUCAUAUAAGAUCCCACUCAGAACUGUUCACAUGAGAUCCAACUCAGAACUACACCCUCACACAUGUGGUAGGGUUUCAGAUGUUUUCGGAAGAUGGGCAGGGACUUUCCUAGCUUCAGGGGAAAGCUGGUUCCACCAUUGGGGUGCCAGGACAGAGAAGAGCUUGGACUGGGCUGAGCGGGAGCUGCCCUCCCAUAGGGGUGGGAGGGCCAAGAGACCUGAUGUCGCAGAAUGGAGUGCUCGGGUUGGGGUGUACAGUUUGAGCAUAGCCUGAAGGUAGGGAGGGGCAGUUCCUCUUGCUGUUCCGUAGGUAAGCACCAUGGUCUUGUAGUGGAUGCGAGCUUCAACUGGAAGCCAGUGGAGUGUGCGGCGGAGCGGGGUGACAUGAGAGAACUUGGGAAGGUUGAAAACCAGGCGGGCUGCUGCGUUCUGGUUAAGUUGCAGGGGUUUGAUGGCACAAGCAGGGAGCCCAGCCAACAGCGAGUUGCAGUAGUCCAGACGGGAGAGGACAAGUGCCUGGAUUAGGACCUGUGCCGCUUACUGUGUGAGGUACGGUCGUACUCUACGGAUGUUGUAGAGCAUGAACCUGCAGGAGCGGGUCACUGCUUUGAUGUUUGCAGAGAAUGACAGGGUGUUGUCCAGUAUCACGCCAAGGUUCUUUGCACUCUGUGAGGGUGACACUGUGGAGUUGUCAACCGUGAUGGAGAGGUCUUUGAGCGGGCAGGCCUUCCCAGCGAGGAAGAGCAAUUCCGUCUUGUCGAGGUUGAGCUUGAGGUGUUGGGCCGACAUCCUCAACCACGCUCAAGGUCCUAAACGAUAUUAUAACCGCGAUCGAUAAAAGACAGUACUACGCAGCCGUCUUCAUCGACCUGGCCAAGGCUUUCGACUCUGUCAACCACCGCAUUCUUAUUGGCAGACUAAAUAGCCAUGGUUUCUCUAAUGACUGCCUCGCCUGGUUCACCAACUACUUCUCAGAUAGAGUUCAAUGUGUCAAAUCGGAGGGCCUGUUGUCUGGACCUCUGGCCGUCUCUAUGGGGGUGCCACAGGGUUCAAUUCUCGGGCCGACUCUAUUCUCUGUGUAUAUCAAUGAUGUCGCUCUUGCUGCUGGUGACGCUCGGAUCCACCUCUAUGCGGACAACACCAUUUUGUAUACAUCUGGCCCUUCAUUGGACACUGUGUUAACAAACCUCCAAACGAGCUUCAACGCCAUACAACACUCCUUCCGUAGCCUCCAACUGCUCUUAAACACUAGUAAAACUAAAUGCAUGCUCUUCAACCGAACGCUGCUUGCACCCGCCCACCCGACUAGAAUCACUACUCUCGGCGGGUCUGACCUAGAGUAUGUGGACAACUGCAAAUACCUAGGUGUCUGGUUAGACUGUAAACUCUCAUUCCAGACUCACAUUAAGCAUCUCCAAUCAAAAGUUAGAUCUAGAAUCGGCUUCCAAUUUCACAACAAAGCCUCCUUCACUCAUGCUGCCAAACAUGCCCUCGUAAAACUGACUAUCCUACCAAUCCUUGACUUCGGCGAAGUCAUUUACAAAAUAGCCUCCAACACUCUACUCAGCAAAUUGGAUGUAGUCUAUCACAGUGCCAUUCGUUUUGUCACCAAAGCCCCAUAUACUACCCACCAUUGUGACCUGCACGCUCUUGUUGGCUGGCCCUCACUACAUAUUCGUCGCCAAACCCACUGGCUCCAGGUCAUCUAUAAAUCACUGCUAGGCAAAUCCCUGUCUUAUCUUAGCUCACUGGUCACCAUAGCAACACCCACCCGUAGUCUGCGCUCCAGCAGGUAUAUCUCUCUGGUCAUCCCCAAAGCCAACACCUCCUUUGGCCGCCAUUCCAUCCAGUUCUCUGCUGCCAAUGACUGGAACGAACUGCAAAAAUCUCUGAAGCUGGAGACUCUUAUCUCCCUCACUAAUUUUAAGCGUCAGUUGUCAGAGCAGCUUACCGAUCACUGCACCUGUACACAGCCAUUCUGAAAUUAGCCCACCCAACUACCUCAUCCCCAUAUUGUUUUUUAUUUUGCUAAUUUGCACCCCAGUAUCUCUAUUUGCACAUCAUCUUUCGCACAUCUAUCAUUCCAGUGUUAAUACGAAAUUGUAACUAUUUUGCACUAUGGCCUAUUUAUUGCCUUACCUCCAUAACUUACUACAUUCGCACACACUGUAUAUAUAUUUUCUGUUGUAUUUUUGACUUUAUGUUUUGUUUACCCCAUAUGUAACUCUGUGUUGUUGUUUUUAUCGCACUGCUUUGCUUUAUCUUGGCCAGGUCGCAGUUGUAAAUGAGAACUUGUUCUUAACUGGCUUACCUGGUUAAAUAAAGGUGAAAUAAAUAAAAUAAAAAUCUAAGUUGAGAUAUCUGCCAGGCACGCAGAGAUGCUUGUCACCACCUGGGUGUCAGAAGGGGGGAAGGAGAAAAGUAGUUGAGUGUCAUCCGCAUAGCAAUGAUAGGAGAGACCAUGUGAGGAUAUGAUGGAGCCCAGUGACUUGGUGUAUAGAAAGAAGAAGAGAGGGCCUAGAACCGAGCCCUGUGGGACCCCAGUAGUGAGAGUACAUGGUGCAGACACAGAUCCUCUCCACGUCACCUGGUAGGAGAGGCCUGCCAGGUAGGAUGCAAUCGAAGAGUGUGCAUAGCCUGAGACACCCAGCCCUGAGAGGGUGGAAAGGAGGAUCUGAUGGUUCACGGUGUCGAAGGCAGCGGAUAGAUCUAGGAGGAUGAGAACAGAGGAGAGCGAGUCAGCUUUGGCAGUGCAGAGAGCCUCCGUGACACAGAGAAGAGCAGUCUCGGUUGAGUGACCCGUCUUGAAGCCUGACUGGUUAGGGUCAAGAAGCUCGUUCUGAGAGAGAUAAUGAGAAAGUUGAUCAAAGACAGUACGCUCAAGUGUUUUGGAAAGAAAAGAAAGAAGGGAGACAGGUCUAUAGUUUUUUACAUCAGAUGAGUUGAGUGUUGCUUUCUUGAGGAGGGGAGCAACUCAGGCCAUUUUGAAGUCAUAGGGGACGCAGCCAGUGGUCAGGGAUGAGUUGAUGAGGGAAGUGAGGAAUGGGAGGAGGUCUAACAGACUCUCCCCACUGUAUUUGUAAGCAGGGACACGAUCAAUAUGGACACCAUCCAAAGUACAUAUGCUUAAAUCAUGAGAGUUAUUUUUAUGCGCUCUAGAGAACAACAUAUACUUAUUUUUACCUGCAUUCAGUACUAAUUUCAGGUCAAUAAAGUUUUUCUGUAAUACAAUGAAGGCAGGCUGUAGUUCAGAUAGAGCCUGGUCAUCUGUGGGGGCAAUAGCAUACACAAAAGUAUCAUGUGGUCCUCUGUAGCUCAGCUGGUAGAGCACGGCGCUUGUAACGCCAAGGUAGUGGGUUCGAUCCCCGGGACCACCCAUACACAAAAAUGUAUGCACGCACGACUGUAAGUCGCUUUGGAUAAAAGCGUCUGCUAAAUGGCAUAUUUAUUUAUUUUUAUUUAUCAGCGUACAAGUGCAGGUUACAAUUUUUUACAGACAAAUCAAUAUUGUAAAUGUAAACAGUAAAAUGUACAGGACCAAGAAUCGACCCCUGCGGGACACCUUUUAUAAUAUCCAGCCCGCGCAAUAUUUGGGUUGUCAAUUAAUUUUGGCCCGCUUCCAUACAGCCUGCGAUGUGUUGCACUACAAAUCGCAGCAAGCACUGCCAAUGUGCUGCAUGCCAAACUGCAGUGCUAAUUAGCUACUAAUGUGGCUAUCCUAAAGAACUACAAAUGCCAUGAUGAUCUGGACGAGACUGCCUGUUAUGAUGAGUUUCUCGGGUAUCAAAGAAUCAAGGAUGCAAGGAUAUACUUAGACACUUUGUAGACAGUUAAUGCAAAUGUUUAAUGAUCGGUACCGGGUUCGUUACAACAAUGACCAGAGCUUUGCCCUUGGUGUUACGAACUAACUUGAACAAAGAAGACACUCUACCUUAUAUACCUUCUGUUACCCUCUUCUUGGCAUACAUCUGGUAAGUCUCCAUGGGCACUCCCUGUCUUUGAUGUUCAUCACCCUUAUCCCAAGUCAGUAUCCUGUCCAUCAAUCAUGCUAUCCUAAACAUCAGUAAUCUCCUUUGACAUAAUGGAAUGUAGACUUUCUGUCUCCUAACCACUUAUCUAGUAACUCUAACCUGUUCCCCACGAUACUAUGACAUGACAUCAUUACACUAUAAAAACAUCAUAUCACUGCCGAAGCAAGGCAAAUGUAAGAAUCUCUGGAUAAACAAUCUAAUGUUAGCUAAAUAUAGGAAUUAAUAAAAUGGUAAAAUGUAUUUAAAUGUCUAAUUCUGUGAACUGUCUUGUGCAAGUUUUAAAUUGACACAAUACCUGUUAGCAAAGGUUUCAGCUAGAGAUUACAUGCAGGAGCUUGCAGGGAUUUGUAGUCUUGCAUGAUGUCUACUUUGAUGCUAAUUAGCAUUUUCGAAUCUUAGAGUAAAUAGAGCCGAAUAGAUUGAUAAAAGUCACCUUGUCCGAGAGAGAUUUACAUGGUUAUCAAAACGUCACGCCAGGGAAAGCCUAUACGAAACACAACCCUUAUUUGAAGUGUUUCUUAAAUUCCCUAUGGGAAAAAUGAAUGGUGGAGAAACGAUUGGAACCAUUUCCCUGUUUGAUCGCCUGGUUUUAUGGGUAUUAGGACACCUCCACUGUGGGGCUCUAUAUGGUGAUCGGAGUAUGGGCGAGUGGGUGUGUCGAACAGAAGGUAGUGGGUGUGUCAAAAGGAGUGGGUGUGUCAAAAGGAAAGUAAUGGGUGUGUGGAAAGGAGUGGGUGUCUCUAGGUUAGAUGGUUCCUUCCGUUUCUUACCAUGCAGCUACCGUUCAUUGAGGUACCGUACCGCAAGAGUUUGGACUUCUGUUUUUAAGCCAGAGUAGGAGUCUGAGUAAUAUUUCACUGUUAGUUUUACACAAGUAAUUGUACAUUUUCAGUUAUUAAACUGACAAUGUUUUAUUUUUUAUUAAAAGUAUUGAUGAUGGGUGUAUUGUUGCUUCAUGUGUUGUAUGCAUGAAGCAACUCAUUUCGACACACCCACUACUUUCCUUUCGACACGCCCACUCCUUUCCUUUCGACACACCCACUCAUUUCCACACGCCCACUACUUUCCUUUCGACACACCCACUCACCCAUAUUCCGGUCGCCAUAUUGAGAUGCAGAUACCCCCUUCUCCUUCAAGUCGGCAGGCAGGCCGAUACAACAACACAUGUGCACUGGUCGCCGUUUAUCGACUCAUCAUGCAGCCCAAUCAGCGACACAAAACAUUAAUGAGUGGCAACAAAUCUGCCCAAUUAGCUGAUUCGCUUUCCAUAUACCCACUCCACAGAUAGAACAAUGAGACAGAUAUUUCACCGGAUGUAUAAAUGUGAAGCAUCCGCUUGGCGGCCCAUUGGCCGGCAGUGGGAGAAGAUGGAACGAGAUGGAUUUUGGCUGACAUCGUGCUAAUUUUCUCAUAGAUUAAACAUUUAAUCUCAAUACAGUUUUCUGUUCCCAAAACUCAAAUCUGUUACGAACAGAGUGGACAAAGUUUUGUAGACUUUACUUUAAAAAAAAAUAAAAAAUUUAUGAGUGCAGAGGCGAAUUGAGUUAUUGCAAAUGCGCACUUCACAGAGUAGGCGUUCCCUAACGGAAAUAUGCAAAUGUGUGCUAGAACGCGGCAAUAGGAUCUCGCUAGAUCGUCCUUGGCUCUGCCCACCUCCUUGCUUGUUCUGCCCACUAUGACUAAUUUGUUCCCGUUUGAAACGACGGGCUGUGGUCUCUUGGUAUAGUUAUAAAAAUCUUUGCCCACUCCUUUUAACACACCCACUCACCCAUACUUCGGUCGCCAUUUUGGGCUGCAGCUUCCCAAUUUUUCAUAAAAGCAUUUCCACCAACAUUUCUCGCAGAAUUAAUUUUACAGACACAAAAAUAUCUCACUUGGUCUAGCGUAUAUUGUUUUGUCGACAUUUUGAAAGUUUACAGAAAAAAAUUAUGUUUCCAUCAGGCCUGUCAUUACAUGUUUUAUUCGACAUGUACUUUACUCGCAUGAAAAGGUUGGAUGGAAACCUGGUUACUGAGCAAUUAUUGCACACAAUUUUUCUUGAGGCAAGUCUAAGUUUGGUAGCCGAAGUCUACGCCCCUUCUUUGGUGAUCGGUCAACAGUACAACAGGAGUGGGAACAUGAAGUGUUUGUUGCUAUUCAACAAGUUUUCAUGAUUUUUCUUUUACGAGAAACACUGCACCAAGCAUCUUAUGUAGAUGUACAGUAAGAUUGUGCGACUAAGACAUCCUUGACAAAAACAACAAAAUGUCUGACAUUUCUUGAUUGAUCUUAGAUUAAUUCAGACUACUUUGAGGUAGUACUUCUGGCAAUGUUGUUGCUACGGUGGCUCUAGAGGGACAAACAACAGUAAUAUUUAUGCUUUUUCUCUAGGCAAAACAUUGUAUUAAACAAUUUAAACAAUUUAGGACUUUGUUUAGACUGAAGAACAUACUGUAUAGUACGUUUUUAGGAAGUAUGAGCGCCUAUCUGAGUUCUGCUAGAAGCAAACAGAACCUAUGUAUAUGGACACCAAGUGGUCAUGCCACAGAUAGAAAAUGUGCUUUAGUUAUAAAUGGUCGUGUUCGAAAUCCAUGAUGCAUUGUGGGGCAAUGGUGACUGACUGAUCUACAAAUAAUAAUGAGUAGUUAUUGACGAUGCUUUGUAGAUCAGUCAGUCGGCUCAAUGUCCAACAAGCCCAAUAUCUAUAUGUGGUUACGCUUGAGGAGCUACACGUUUACCGGUACUUCGUGUUACAUUUAAAUAGGUCCCCCGCAGUCUUGUUCGACAACGCACACACAGUGGCACCAAAUAUUAUCUAAUAUAUUGACAAGAUUAUCGAGUGACCACUCCAACAAUGGAAAUGCAUAUCCUCAAAGAUGGACGGCAGGUGAGAGGAGGCGAGAUCAGGUGGGACCAUUCUAGCCAAUGAGAGGGCAGAAACGCCACAACUCCGAUAUAAAGUUGUUUUCAAAGUUGCCGAAAUGCCGCAUUCGUAACAACCUAACCAUUACGAAACGUCUAUUCAAUCAAAUAAGCCUGACGCAGCAAAUUAGCAAUUACAUAUUUUGUUAACCAAAUUCGCCACUAAUGACCUCCAUACAAAAAUAAUUACUUCCUGGCCUUAUUUUCGUGGACAGAUUUUGAGCGGCGUAAACCCUCUCGCUUCGCCUCUUCCUCUCUGGUGAUACUUUCUUAUAUGCAGUCAUUGGGUGGCACACAUUGGCAAAAACGAUUGGCAUUUUCGUGUGUUUGGUGUGACUGCAGUGGAGAGACAUGCAAAAACAAAUGUCUGGGGGGAAAGGUAACAUAUUUAUAGCUAGCUAUGCGUAAGAUACUAGCGCUAGAUAGGACAUACUUAGCUAGCAAGCUACUGUUUUGUGCGGGAACUGGACUCGUUCCAGAACGUCUAAAAUAUGUUUUGUGGGUCUGUUAUUUGGAAUUAUUGAAGUUGUGCAGCAUUUCUAUACCUCUCUGAUUUCAUGCACGUUCUUCUAUUGAAUAAGGCAGUAGAAUAAUUAAACUUCCUUGACGUUUUAGCUUGCUAGCUAACAAGCUAAUUUAUUUGCUGCUUUGCGGUCGUUUCACCGCUUCUCUAGGCCCUUCCAGAAACAACCCCUACUACCUGUCCCCAUUAUUUUAGAUCCACGCUUUGAUCAACUCCCCUAAGCUAAUCAAAAGGAAGACUCGGUGACUCCAAGAGAAGGGCUAGGGGUUGUUUCUGGAUGGACAAGUUCUUCUCUCUCUCUCUCACUCACUCACUCACAAAACAUUCUUGACAAUGACACACAUAGUAACACAUAGUAUUGGCAAAAUAGUUCCACAAGCUAAAAUUUGAUAUGCCGUGCAAUAAUAGGUGCUUGAUUUGUGAACAACCUACGUCAAAUUCUCUGUUUCAGGUCCCCCCCUUCCUCUCCCCUCUCUGCGCCUCAUGGUCCCACCACUGCGGCUGGUCUCAGCAGCCAUCUGGCAGACGGUCCAGCAGAGACACGUAAUGGAUUAUGGGAUGCUGGAAGAGUUUGUUACCAUGGUCACAGAGAUGGUUCCAGAGCUUCUGAACCUCAGACAGAAGGCCCAACUUAUUCUGGGUCUUCGAGCACGGGUGAGAGAGAGGGGUUGAGCUGGUGCUCAUCAUUAAGGGGGGAAAGAUGGGAUAUGAUCAUAAUUAGUCAUGUUGAAAUAAGUCUCCUGACUGGUUUGUUCUGGUUUCAGCUGGUACUGGAGUUGUGUCGCUCCAAGCCGAUCGCUGACCUCCAGACCAUUCAGCCACACCUGGACAGGAUAGAGAUCCUCACACCUUUCUGGGGUACACAGGUGAGCUCCUAAGGACAGAGGCUCAGCAAAGGUUUACAUCAGUCAGUCAAUCAGCCAGUCAGUCAGUCCCACACAACUGAUAUGAUAAUGAUCAUUAUAACAAAAGUAUUUUCUUUCUUGCAGACUGAUGAUGGAGAUUUAUCUGAAUCCAACUUUCUGGGGCUGAUUCAAACCCUGCUGAACGACCCAGAUGAGAUGGAACACUUCUUCCAGGUCAGUGUGGCUUUGGAAUAGCUGUGUAGGUAUACUACUACCCAGAAGUGCACGCUCACAAUCCAUCUUAUUUAUAAACCAUGCUGACCAAUGUUGACCUUUUUGUAAGGCUGUAUGUGUCCAUGUGAGUUGCAGGUGCCUAAUGUUCUUAUACCAGAUGUGAUUUAUUUUAUACUAAUUUCUUAUUCCCUCUCAGGAUGUUUUUCCUGUGGAAUUUGGUCCCAACUAUGAUGCAGCAAUAGAGAAACUCAUGUGUCAGUUUCUUUCAAGACUUGAGAAGCUACUUCCAGUAUCAAACUUUCAACAGGUACUGAAAUUAGAAUAAUACCAUCAUCAAUUCAGUGAAGGAUCACUAUUCACAAAGGUUCAUUCAUAGAGUAUCUUUUGAAUCACCCCUAAAUCGUAUCUAUUUUCCUUCUGUGUCAGGCUGCGUCCCUGCUCAGCGAUGUCCCCUCUGUUCUGGAGGAAUGUGUUCAGUCUGUGUCUCACCCUCAGCAGCUGAAAACCCUUCUUCAGUACUACAGAGACCUUGGCCAGCUGGACAACCAUGGUAGGCAUCUCUCACAGGACCCAUGUAGAUGUGGGCCAAUCUUCUGUAGGGGACAUUGACAUUAUUCACUAUUUAACCAUUGUCUUUAAUUUCUUGCUUCCCUUUCUAGAUACUCUGUCUUCUUCCGAUGGGGACUGCAUUCUCUCAGCUCUCUGUCUCCCUCCAGUAGAAAGGGUGGUGAUUGCAACCGAACAGACAGAGUCAGAAACACAGACAUUAUCCUUGAAUGUCUUUAUGGAUACAUUCACCAAAGAGUUGGAGGUGGACUCUGCAACACUGACAGAGUACACAGAGAUGGAACCCGGGACAAGUAUGGAUGUAAUAGGAAGAGAGGAGAGGGUGGAAUGUGAGAAAAGCAACAAACAAGCUAUAGAGUUUGCUGACCCUGUGGAACAUGAGGACAUGGCGGUUCAUGCCGGUAAUGAAGAAGAGAAUGUUCUGGGGAUUGGACCAGUAGAAGAUGAGACUGAAGGUAUUGUUGAAGAAGUGGAUCCCAGGUACGGAACAGUGAUGGUUAUCGGGGAAGAUGGGGUGGCACAGCCUUAUGAAGAUUCAAGCAUCAGAAAGCCCCAAAUAAAAACUCAGAAAGACAGUGGAAGUCAUGGAGAACAAAUGAAAAGCAUAGAUGUAUCUGAUACGAUUAUAUCCUCAAUGCUUCACAAGCCUUCAGUGGAGCUUCAAAGAAUUGACACUACUAACCUGAUAUUGCCAUCUAGACCAGUUAGACAAAACAGGGGGCUUAAGAUGAAGACAUUGCUAGCACGAGAACGGAAACAAACCAAAACAGAAUUUUCAGAAGAAAAUACAUUCAAGAAAUGCCCAAUUUGUGGGAAGACUUUCAGUCGAGGUGCAGACAUGAAGCGGCACCAGAAGAUCCACACAGGUGAGCGCCCAUUUCAGUGUCUCCAGUGUAGGAAACGCUUCCUGUAUCAUUUUGAUCUGAGGAGACAUCGGCAAAAUGUGUGUAAAGUAGUUGUGUCAGAACCUGAAGGUGAAACAUCCAAGCAGCUCAAAGGCAAAGGUGAAAGACCUGAAAUGUCGAAUAAGAGUUACAAGGACCCACAAAGCUCGGAGAAACCGAGACUAAAAUGUGAAAAAGACUCCAAGAAAAGGCGUAGCAGAUCUCCAGCUAGUGAUGAGAAGGACUCUGAGAUGCCCAGCGAAACAGUCCAGAAACCUGAGGGAGGAGACACGGAGCCAUCCAGUGAUGUUCCUCUUGAGGCAACACCUGAGGACAGUGACUCGUCCUCAACCAGUACACCCCAGGACCCAUCUUACGACCCAUCUGGCGAACCUAGCAAGACCGAAAAACACAAACAGUCAAAAGUGUGCUGCAUUUGCAAAAAACGUUUGCCAAAAUCUUACAGCAUGAAAGUUCACAUGAGAUCCCACUCAGAUCUGCGCCCUCACAAAUGUCCUCAUUGUGGGCAGACGUUCAAGAACAUCUAUGAUAUGAGGAAGCACAUUGUAAAGACAGUGUGCAAGGUGCUGCGAGCUGAUCCUGAAGAGGCCCAGGCCCAGGUAGAUGCACUCACCCACAGCCCUCUCCACUGCACUGAGUGCAGUAGGAUGUUUGCAGACCCAGUAAAGCUAGAUAGACAUAAGCUGUCGCACAAGCCUUUGAAAUGCACCAUGUGUGAAAACAGCUUCAACGGG